GCCCACGUCACCGCGCCGCGCACGUCACGCCGCCCGACGCUCGCAGGGAAAACCAUUUUUCUUUUCUGGAGGGUGACCGUUACUAGCAUCGAUUUCACGGAACUGGUAACAUGGCAAAAGAUGCCGGUCUAAUUGAAGCCAACGGGGAACUCAAGGUCUUCAUCGACCAGAACCUCAGUCCUGGGAAAGGUGUGGUGUCCUUGGUUGCCGUCCACCCCUCCACAGUGAACUCUCUCGGGAAGCAGCUCCUGCCAAAGACCUUUGGACAGUCCAACGUCAACAUCUCGCAGCAAGUGGUGAUUGGUACACCUCAGAGGCCUGCAGCGCCAAACACUAUCGUGGUAGGCAGCCCACACACCCCGAACACUCACUUCGUCUCCCAGAACCAGCCUUCAGAGCCCUCUCCUUGGUCUGCCGGGAAGCGCAACCGGAAAGGAGAGAAGAACGGGAAGGGGCUGCGGCACUUCUCCAUGAAGGUGUGCGAGAAGGUGCAGCGCAAGGGGACGACGUCCUACAACGAGGUGGCCGACGAGCUGGUGGCCGAGUUCAGCGCGGCCGACAGCCACAUCCUGCCCAGCGAGUCGGCCUACGAUCAGAAGAACAUCCGGAGGCGCGUGUACGACGCGCUGAACGUGCUCAUGGCCAUGAACAUCAUCUCCAAGGAGAAGAAGGAGAUCAAGUGGAUCGGCCUGCCCACCAACUCCGCCCAGGAGUGCCAGAGUCUAGAGGUGGAGAGACAGAGGAGGCUGGAAAGGAUAAAGCAGAAGCAGUCGCAGCUUCAGGAGCUCAUCCUGCAGCAAAUCGCCUUCAAGAACCUGGUGCAGAGGAACCGCCAGGUGGAGCAGCAGGCCAGCCGGCCGCCCCCGCCCAACUCGGUCAUCCACCUGCCGUUCAUCAUCGUGAACACCAGCAAGAAGACGGUCAUUGACUGCAGUAUCUCCAACGACAAGUUUGAGUACCUGUUCAAUUUCGACAACACGUUUGAGAUUCAUGAUGACAUCGAGGUGCUGAAGCGCAUGGGCAUGGCCUGCGGGCUGGAGUCCGGCAGCUGCUCCCCCGAGGACCUGAGGGUGGCCAGGAGCUUGGUGCCGAAGGCGCUGGAGCCUUAUGUGACAGAAAUGGCUCAGGGUUCGUUCGGCGGUGUGUUUGUCACGUCGGCAGUGUCGACGUCUAACGGCACGCGGCUGUCUGCCAGCGACCUGGCCAACGGCGCGGACGGGGCGCUGGCCACGAGCUCCAGUGGGUCGCAGUACAGCGGGUCCCGGGUGGAGACGCCGGUGUCAUGCGUCGGCGAGGACGACGAGGAUGACGAGGACUUCAACGAGAACGAGGAGGAAGACUGAGCCGCCGCCCGCGGCCAGGAGCGCUCGGGGAAAGGCCUGCGUUCCGUGCCCUCCUCCCAGAAGAGCUCGCCGACCCCCGGGCUCAGGGCGCUUCUGACGAGCCGCCCACCGUGCUCCGGGGGUCCCGACGAGCCGCCUGAGUUUGACACCGACGCACGACCUCUACUCUUGCGGAUUUUGUGUUUUCGUGUGCUGUCUUUAAGUUCAGAGUCCAUCUCGCCCCCUCAGAGCUUGCCGAGUUUGCCGGAGAAGCUGUGCUGCCUUCCCGCCGCCCGUGGGCCCAGCGCAGCGCCUGGGGGCACCGUGGGCCCGGCCGCGCCCGGCUCUGCGUCUCGCCGUGUCACUAUGGCUUCGUCCCCUUAAAUUAUACUGACUGCGCGGCCCCAUCGGCUCACACUGUGGGUUUGCCCUGGGUUGCAGCAGAUGGACUGCAAGGCCCCUGUCUGUUUUCUGUUUGUUUUGUUUGGUGAAUGUUUUCUGCCACGCUGGCGCAGCUGUGGAAGCUGAGGCUUGGAGGGUUUGUUGCUUAUGGUGAGAUUCGCCUGAUUUCUUACAGGCAGCGUUUGGAGACUUUUUAUUAUAUAGUUGUUUACAUACUUAUAAGUCUAUCACUUAAGACAUGUACUGAAACAAAUGUUGUAUUUGUUUCGUAAGCAUCUUCCUGUAAUCUAUUAUAAAGUUGAAAUUAAAUAUAGAGAAUGUUUUAACAGUUUUUUAACUCAAAAUUUGUCAAUCAUUUUUAAUAGUUCUUUUUUUAUAAAAAGAAAAAAGGAAUUUCAGGACAGGCAGUAGUCUCUUUUAAAAUGUAUUCACCAAGAACCAUUAACGGCACAGUUGCUGUUAGCUGCCUGUUCUAAAAUAAUAGUCUUUUUAUUGGAACACAAAUAAACUUUUCUGUAAUAUUUUGUGGAAUAAAGAGACUUUAAUUGUU